UCUCCCUCCCCAGGCGUUUUUUUUUCCUUUUUUUUUUUUUAGUUUGGGAGAGGUUUUUCCCAACUUUCCAGAAGUUUCUCCCCGGCCCCUUAUAUACCCUCCGCCCGCCCAGGAGGUGCACAAGGGGAGAAGAGCAAAAGCAGCAGCCCCAUUCCUCAGGUCCCCAGGAGUGUUGGGUGCUGCCAAAACCAUGUGGAUUAUCGUGGUGCUCGCCCUCUGCGGCCUAGCCAUGGCCGUGCCCUCAGAGGACAGAAAGUUGAGCGACAAAGCCACGACACUGGCCGACCGCAGCACCACGCUGGCCUUCAACCUCUACCACGCCAUGGCGAAGGACAAGGACAUGGAGAACAUCCUGCUGUCCCCCGUGGUGGUGGCCUCUUCCCUGGGCCUCGUGUCCCUCGGGGGCAAGGCCGCCACCGCCUCCCAGGCCAAGGCGGUGCUGAGCGCCGACAAGCUGAACGACGACUACGUGCACAGCGGGCUGUCGGAGCUCCUCAACGAGGUGAGCAACAGCACGGCCCGCAACGUCACCUGGAAGAUCGGCAACCGCUUGUACGGCCCGGCCUCCAUCAACUUCGCCGACGACUUCGUGAAGAACAGCAAGAAGCACUACAACUACGAGCACUCCAAGAUCAACUUCCGAGACAAGAGGAGCGCCCUGAAGUCCAUUAAUGAGUGGGCGGCCCAGACCACGGAUGGGAAGCUGCCAGAGGUCACAAAAGAUGUUGAGAAAACUGAUGGGGCCCUCAUCGUCAAUGCCAUGUUCUUCAAGCCUCACUGGGAUGAAAAGUUCCACCAUAAGAUGGUGGACAACCGUGGUUUCAUGGUGUCCCGGUCCUACACCGUGGGUGUUCCUAUGAUGCAUCGCACGGGUCUCUACAACUACUACGAUGACGAGACGGAGAAGCUGCAGGUGGUAGAGAUGCCACUUGCUCACAAACUCUCCAGCAUGAUCUUCAUCAUGCCAAACCACGUGGAGCCCCUGGAGAGGGUCGAGAAACUGCUGAACAGGGAACAGCUGAAGACCUGGGCUGGCAAGAUGAAGAAGAGAUCUGUGGCCAUCUCGCUGCCUAAAGUCGUCCUGGAAGUCAGCCAUGACCUUCAGAAACACUUGGCUGGCCUGGGCCUGACAGAAGCCAUCGACAAAAGCAAGGCUGACCUGUCAAAGAUCUCGGGCAAGAAAGAUCUUUACCUGUCCAACGUCUUCCACGCCGCUGCUCUCGAGUGGGACACGGAAGGGAACCCCUACGAUGCUGACAUCUAUGGCCGGGAGGAGAUGAGGAACCCCAAGCUCUUCUAUGCUGACCACCCCUUCGUCUUCCUGAUCAAGGACAGCAAAACCAACUCCAUUCUUUUCAUCGGCAGGCUCGUGAGGCCCAAAGGAGACAAGAUGCGCGAUGAGUUGUAGUUCUGUUUUAUUUUUUUUUUCCAGAGCUUGUUUUGGUUUGUGAUUUUUAUUUUUUUUUUUAGUGGGGGAUUUCAAAAAAGGGGAAACACUAUUUUGUAUCCUUCUCGAACUAUGGGUGCUAUUCAGACCAGGGUGCAUUGUGAUGAGAAACCAGCAUACACUUUUUACCUCACCCCCCCAAAUACUCUUCUUAUUGCACAAACCCACCUCCAGAGGAACAGGGGAGCCUGGCACGCGAGGGUCACCAGGAAUGGAUGGGAACUGGCACCUCAGCUGAGCUGCUCAGGCUUCUGCCUCGCUCCUCCCUGCACUAAAAUUAAGCCUCCUGCUACUACCAGCAGCCCUGCCGAGGCACCAGCCCUCCACCCUUCCAUCUCAAACGCUUGUGCACGUUCAGCUCUGCUUUUUUAUUGUUUCCCCCUCACUUUGGUGCUGUGAAUCGCUAUGCUGUAGCUGCUCUGAUCCCUCUGCACUCGUUUCUUGGCUUGUGAUGGAAGGCAGACGCAUGCUCGCUUCUUCUUUCCUAAGUGAUACAAAACAAGGGCUGAUUCUGGGGUGCAGCCCCCAGCAUGCCAGCAGGUAAGAGCUGAGGUCGCACGGAGCUGUGCCCUCCUGUCCAGCCUCACCCCUGCUUCAGCAGGGCACCAGCUCCUUAGCUAGAAUAAAGCCAGGCACAGCUUUGGUCUGCACUGCAGAGAAGCCAAAGAGAAGAGGAGCCUCUAAAACGAGGUCCUAUUUGAGGUCCCUUCAAACGCUCCUGCGAGGAAUUCCUAUAAAUGGCCGUGCUCCACGUUUCCAGGAAUCACGGAGGGGGCCCUGGGGCCAAGAUCUGUAAAUAAACAUCCUGUCCCGGGCCGACAGAGGAACUUCUUCUCGCUGCUCCUGCAUCAGCUCAGAGGGAUGGCAAAGUUUACACUGUGAAGGUUCCCCCAGUUACAGCCAGGGCUGGAACCCGUCAGCUCCCGGGGCAGGCUGAGGUUUCUCCUGCUGGCUUCUCACAGGGAUCAGGUCUCACCCCCUCUUUUUUGCGUAAUUUAACUUCUGAGCUGCCUCUACCUGGCUUCCUAAUGACCCUUUUCUGAAGCUCCUAUCUCCUCCGUGAUACUUUAGCUCCCUGUCGGCUGACCUGGACGAGGGCACGCUGAAAAAAGCAAUGUAUUUAUGGUUAUAUACGUAUUUAUGUCUGAUAAUUAGCAAGUUUCAUCGCCUGCUCCAGCCUCCCCUUGGAGGCUUUUCCCAUCUUCCUCUCAUUCAGGGACGUUGUCAGGUUAACACUACUUAAAUAAGUGAUGCAACCCCACACGCAUCAAAGCACGGGUCAGGUAAGCCUUGCUAUGCACUGAGACAGAGCAAAUCAUGACAAAUCACUGAAAUGAGAGAAAUCUGAGUGUCAUAAAUUGGUGGCAGUUAUUUGGAAGCAGUAAGGAUGGUGUGAAUGCAUCGCUUUUAUUUUCCUUCCAAUGCAUUCCCUGCCAGGUUGCUUCGUCCAAGCCCGAUACUGCAUUUUUUUUUUCUAGACCAUAUAUGAGACUGCCUCCACUUAUUUAUUAUGUAAAAAUUAAGGAGUUAGCUCUCAAACAGCCCAAAACACAGCACCGUGUGCCCCCAGGUUUAACCUGACUGCGUCUCCUCCAGCUUUGCAAGGACACACGAUUGCAGAUCAGCAGCUCUGCCCCAAUUCCCAUCCAAGCCAGCUGGAAAGGGAGCUCUUUGCCCCGUUUUUCUUCCUAGCUCAUGCUCCCAGGUGCUUUCCAGGGGGAGGAGGGAACCCACAGGGAUGUACCCAAAGGAAUGGGAAGCCAAAAAACCCAGCGUGUAUGCUAGACCCUAAAAUGUGGUGGUGAAUCAGCGCACUGAAACCCAAAUGCUGUAGCACAUUCUGGAGGUCGGGGUUUGGGGGGGGAGAGACGGGGAGGGCAAGGCAAGAACACACUGUGGGAUAUUGUGAAUAAUUCGCGUCGUGUGGAUGCAGCUGUCCAGUGGCUUUUGUCAUCUCUUCUUGGAUCCACACGAUGACAGUUGUAUAAUUUUGCAAUAAAACCUUUUUUCAAUGAA